AUGACAUUUAAGAAUUCUAUUUUUUGUGUUAUCUUUACAUCAGUUGAAAAUGAAGUUUAUUUAUCUAAUAAAGUUAUUUUAGUUCAAACAGCUAUGGAUGCAUUUGGAACAACAGGUCGCAUCUUCCCAUAUAAAUACGAGUUCACAGAAACUCCAGACCGAGAUUACACAACAUCACCAAGUGGUUUUAGUCCAGUUUUGUUAUCAGAAACUAGUUACAAAAACAUUUAUUUGCCCGAACACAGAGAAUUGAUGCGUAAACAGAUCUCAUCAGGUAAGGUUGAAAUGUUUUUCAUUGUUAAAUACGAGACAUUGAAAUGGUACUUGUCUAAAGGCUCCAUGUAUGGUGAUGAAUUGCGUGGUGUCUGUGUUAACAUUCCAGAUUAUUUAGUUAAAUCUAAAUAUUCACCACAAAAUAUGAUUCAUUUUACAAAUGUUUUCGAAGAUAAAUUCAAGAAACUCACAUAUGAAACAGGUGAAGAUAUUACAACAUUCUAUGAAGCCGUUAAAGAUGUUCUUAAAGCAUGGAGAAUAGAAAACUAA